GCGUCAGUUUUUGUAUCGGUGGAUAAUGGAUAACGAUUCCAGUUCCAGUAGCGAGAAAGUUGGUGACACCGGCAUUUCCAAACCAGAGACGGGGCCACGCUUGGCUAUCUGGGAAAAGUUUAUCAAAGGAGAGAAGGAAGCAAAAAACAACUUCUUCCAAGCAACAUGCAAGGCCUGCUUCGCAAAGAAAAACACGGCAUCGUCUAUUAGAGGGGAGAAAAGCAGAAUGGAGAGCCACUUCUACAGCUGCAAGUUCGUCUGCGAAGCCGACAAGAAUGCCUUUCGAAGUCGUUGCCGGAUGCAGGCACAACAGGAACCAGACAUUCAAGAGCCACCCACGAAAAAACCCCGGCUGCAGGGUACAGCUGAAACAUAUUUUGACCGCCCUCUGGAUAAAAGAGACCAAGCGGAGUUUGAGACCCGUAUUCUGGAGGCAUUCGUUUCAUGUAACAUCCCGUUUGCCGCUGUGGAAGAUGCCAGAUUCCAGUCAAUGAUGCGGUUAAUUCGUCCAUCCCUUGAACUGCCAUCUAGACAUGAACUGGUCAGUUUGUUAGAAUCACUGGUUAAAGCCCAAGGCCAAGCCGAAAGCGACGACUGCACACUUUCUGACGUUGGAAACAUUUUUGCUGACCUUUGCGCCAAAUUUCGCUCUCUUCCGGAACCGGUUUCUUCCAGAUUGUUUGCAGCUUUAGAGCGCCGCUGGAAACGAUUUUAUAAUGUUCCCGUGAUUGUGGUGGCCAUGUUUUUAGACCCAAAUACCCGAAUGAAUCGGUUUAGAAAGUCUAAAAGCGUCAGCGUCGGCACAAUUGGGAAAUGGGCGUCGGGCUUAUACACACGUUUAUUUGGAGAGAAACCAAAACGAUUGAUGGACUCCGUCGUCGAUUACGAUGAAAAAUCUAAUGUGUUUGGAGAAGACUGUUUGGCGGAAGUUAGCACAACAGUUCGGUACUGGAAGCUAGUGAAGUAUCAACAUGAGGAAUUAGCACGACUAGCAGUCCAUUUGUUUUCAUGCGUGGUGCAUGCGGCUGCCAUUGAGAGAGGCUGGAGCCAGAUGGGAUACGUGCAUACAAAAGGCCGCUCACGCAUGGGUUUGCGCACAGCUUCUGCGUUGACGUCAAUGCGCAUGCAGUUUCAGAAAGAAGACCGUGUAAAAGUAGCCAAGCCGCGCGCGACGACUGCAAAACAAGCGCAUACAUUAUCCGAAAUUGAUGAUCCCGAUAUCGUUGUGGUCAGUUCAACUACUGCCAUCGAAGUAGCCGACAACGAAGUGGAAAACGAGGAUGAACUUGCGGAAUUCCUGUUUGAACAAAGUUAUGUUGAGAACGCAACAGAGGAGGAGCUUCUGGAUGACCUGGGAGACUUUGUGACUUUGGCUGACUUGUUUUUAUAA